AGCUAUGCUCGGUGCGUAUUCAUACUUGCUUUAUCCCGUUUGUACCGUCCAACUUAUGCUAUUUAUGACACACACGCAAUAAGUUUGUAUCUUUGGACUCCAAAUAACCAUCAUUACUACAUUUCAAACGGAGUUGCAUCGAGAAAAGAUUGUUUAGAGUGAAAAGGUAAGAAAACUCUGCAGUGUGACGAACAACAAGAUCCUCAAAAUAGUCUUCUUACAAUCAGCCAUCAAAUUUCAGUUGCAUUUCUUCAGUGCUGUAGGAAAGCAGAUAUAACAUCAUAGUAUGGAAGAAAUGGAGGUGGCAGACUCGCCCCAAAGUGUGCUUGAAGUCUCAGUGCCAUACCAUCCCCAUAAACUACGUCAAGUUAACCCUAAAGUUGUAUAUGAUUCUUAUAAUGGCCACUGGAAGUGUGACAACUGCGGUCAGGAGCAUACACCAUCUUCCUAUCCUUACAACUGCUCUAAAUGCAGCUUUGACUUGUGUCAAUCAUGUGCCAAGCCCCAUCGAACUCCUGCACAUACACACCCUUUAUACUACGUCAACAGCUCAGAGGUAUUCUACCAGUCAACGUCUGGAGUGUGGCGCUGUAAUGCAUGCCUCAAAACUAGUCAGGAGCUGCAAGAUAGAUUUUCUUAUCACUGUAGCUUGUGCGAGUUUGAUUUGUGUACAUCAUGCUUCAAUCCUCAAAGACAUCUUGUACACCAUCAUCCACUGAGAGUUGCCCAUACAGAUAUUGUGUACAGCCACACCGAUGGGAAUUGGGUGUGUGAUGUCUGUCGCCAGACAAGUCGCAUCAAUGAGAGGUUCUCUCAUCAUUGUGAGGAUUGUGAAUUUGAUGUCUGCCGUGACUGCUUUCGCAAGCACAUCAUUCCAAGCCAUCCUCAUCCGUUGGUGCGAGCAGAUGCUACUUAUGUUUAUGUGCAGUUCAAUGGAGGAUGGCGUUGUGAUGAGUGUGGUUCAGUCCAUGGACCAUCAGAUGAUUUCAGACCGUGGCACUGUCGAGAAUGUGAAUAUGAUAUCUGCAAUCAGUGUUUGAUGCGGCUGGAUCCUGAUUAUACAGUUACAUCAACCGAUGUUGCAGGACCACCCCCAGGAGUUGGUGGAAAUGGUUACCGACUAAUGUCGGCUGUUAAUCAUCCUCACCAAGAUAGAAUGAAUGUUGCUGAAGAGCCUGUUGAGCCAAAAUCAAUGGAGGGAAACCUAUCAGAGAGUGGCAAAUUUAUCACCACCCCUACAGAGGAUGAUGAAUAUGCGCAUCUUUGCAUCAUUUGCCUGGAAAAUCCCAAAAAUGCCACCUUAAUCCAUGGAGAUACUGGACAUCUUUGCUGUUGCUGGUCAUGUGCACAGGUCCUCAAGAGGCGUUGUGACCCAUGCCCCAUUUGCCGCUCACGGAUUGAUCAUGUUAUAAGGCAGUAUGGAGCCUAAUCUUACUUUGCACCAGGAGAUAUCCAAGCUUUUGUACAGUACUUUGCACAAGGUCAAAAACUUGAACCAUAGUAUAGAAUUCUUAACUCCAAAUGAUUGAAAACAACGCAGCCAAAUUGUUGUUUCAGACAUUUUCAUGGCAGGCUAAUGAUGGGAUACUUCUCAAGUGUUAUAUGAUCAUUGUUGGCUCAAGACACAAAAUCAUCAAUAUGACAACCAACAAUAAGUGUGCAUCAAAAUUCAGCUUGGGAAAAAAGAAGCCUUCAUUUGGUUUAUAAUUGGGUAUGGAUGCUGUUUAAAGAAACAGCUGCCUGGACAAUCUUAUUAAUACCUAUACUUUUUGAACUGGGGAAGCCUUUUUAAGCACUUUGUAGGAUAUAGUGCCAAGCACUGUAGUAUGGUGUUUUGUUCAAGAAAGUGUUCUCUGAUAAGAGGUCAAAAUGGCUCUUCCUUGCUAAAUAUUAUGAUCAGCUGAUAUUAUCAGUUACUGGACAAUCAAAGGAAAUACAGAGCAAGGGAUGAAUGGACAAAAAGAGAGAUUAUACUAAUAACAUGGACCUAGUACCAAAUCACUAAAAUUAUUAUCCUUAUGUUGAUAAUGCAAUUAGGUGUAAUAUGCUUGUUGAAACUUAUUACGACAGGAAGAAUGACUAUGUGCAGUUAUGGCAGGGGCCUUGCCAUGGUAACGGCAUAUCAUAUAUUGCCAUAGUAAUGUCCAAUAGGUCAAUUCUUAAAGUUUUUUAGUUCAAGUCUAGAAUAGAUAUUAAAUACAUACGUAUAUACAUACAUUAACUUUAUUUUCACUCAAAUUUCCUAUAGCUUAAAAGGUGAUAACAAUUCUUAUUGCAAUGGUUAUUUACAAAUCGAAAUUAAGGGUGGUAAUAGCCCUCUUGAAAGGUGCGUACACAGGGGGGUGCACAGGGUGCUGGCGCACCCCCCUUGGCGGCCAAAAAGAUGGUCAUUUCUUAUUAAGGGAUCUUCAAAUACUAUGAUUUUUCCAUAUGAUACCUAAGACUGCGCACCCCCUACCCCCCACCCUCCUCGGACUAUCCUGGGAACGCGCCUGUUCUGUCUUACACUUUCAGAUUGAUCGUUCAAGUUCUUAGUUUUAGGUGCUGGCAGUCUUAGAAUAUUUAUUUCGUGAAGUCAGUAAUUCCUUGAAAUAAAAGUUUUUAUCAACCAAGAAUUUAUCGGCUCAUCGCUACUGCUUUGGUCUCCCCAUUACAUAGGGUGGUAGGUGGUAAUCUGGUAAUUAUGUACCACGAAACCUGUAAAUAUUUGUACGUGGAAGCCUUGAAAAAUUUUUUUAUUAUCUCUGUUUCUGGCAAUCCCAAGCUGAGACAAAGAUGCAGGUUAUCUUUUUUUAGCAACUUUUAACAACUUUCUUGUAUAUUAUGCUGUGAGGCUUAGCUUAGAUGCCGUUCUUUUCAUGUUCUGUUCUGAAUGAACGAAGUCGUUUGUUUCAUCUUAAUUUGCAUGCUCUUGCAUUUGGAACGGCACAUUAAAAGAACGGCGUCUCAACUAGGCAUUUGUUCCCCUCCCCCUAACCUGCUUUACGGUACGAAUAAUAUAAAUGGUACGAAUAAUAUAAUUAGUACGAAUAAUGUAAUUGUUCAAUGAUUUUCACUAGUGCUUAUCAUUAAUUUGAACAAUGUGUAUGUAAAAUCUCAAAAUGGGGAUUGAUAAAAAGUAAGCAUAUUUUAUAUGCUACACAAUAAAAGUACAUUUAGUAUGUAGAUGUAACAUUGGUAGUAGCUUGUGGAACCAAUAUAAUUACAGAAGCUCUUUACAAUAUUAAAUAUGAAUAAAAAAGAAGUAAAUGGUUACCACAGCUUCA